AUGCACCUUCGAGAUCCAGUCUUGCUUGUCUUCGGGAAAUAUGCCCUACAGGAAGAUUUUGAAGUUCCUGAUAGUAACUCCACCCAACGCUCACUUCGUGAAAAGCUACUUGGCUCUCCCCAGGCUUGGUACCCUCGUCGAUUUUACGACAGUGUUCAUGUGCCUCCAAACACUGAAGAAGCAUCGGUGGACAUUAAAUGUCCGGGUCUGGUUUGUGAACUGUUUCCCUUUCAGAGGAGAGCAGUUCGCUGGCUUUUGCAAAGAGAAGGAAUGGAGCUCCAAUCGAAUGCAACCCCCACUCCCACCAAAAGAUUCUCUACGAGGGGUCUUCCAGCAUCAUUUCAGCAGAUGCAAGACGCGGAUGGACGGAUCUGCUACUUUAGCCAUCUGUUCAUGAUAAUAACUUACGAUCUCUCAAAAUGGGGGGAUGAUGCAUCAGAUCACAUGCAAGGUGGAAUUCUCGCAGAGGAGAUGGGAUUGGGAAAAACUGUCGAGAUGAUUGCGCUGGUUAGCUUGAAUCGACGCCCUAUCCAACUGAAGCCUGAUCCUGACGGGCUGAGAAUAUCAGGGGCCACAUUAAUCAUCACCCCACCUGCAAUUCUCGAGCAGUGGAAACAGGAGUUUCAGCAGCAUGCUCCAGAACUCCGAGUGCAUCACUAUACAGGAAUCAAGCGUGGUCAAGAACAGUCAGAUGAUUUGGUGAUCGAAGAACUUGCCGAAUAUGAUGUUGUUCUAACCACAUAUAAUGUGAUCUCCCGCGAGGUGCAUUACGCUAAUUCGGCACCAAAAAGAACUUUGCGCCACGAGAAGAAGUUUGAGGUUCGUAAGACACCACUAAUCCGAAUCUCUUGGUGGCGAGUUUGUCUUGAUGAAGCCCAAAUGAUUGAGAGUGGAGUCAGCAACGCAGCCAAGGUGGCCCGAGUUAUUCCUAGAGUCAAUGCCUGGGCUGUCACGGGUACACCUCUUCGACGUAACAUCGAUGAUCUUUUUGGCCUGCUGUUGUUUCUUCACUAUUACCCAUUUUGUCAUUCGAAUCCAUUGUGGACUCGGUUGUAUUCCAGGUUUGGGCCAGUUUUAGUGCAAAUCAUCCAAAAGAUCGCCCUUCGCCACACAAAGGAUUGUGUCCGGGAUGAACUCCGAUUGCCACAGCAGAAGAGAAUCGUCAUCACCACUCCAUUUACAGCUAUUGAAGAACAACAUUAUGGUCAACUCUUCGAGGAAAUGUGUAAUGAAUGUGGUCUUGAUGCGACAGGGUCACCUCUCCGCAGUGAUUGGAAUCCCGAAGAUCCCGGCAUCAUUGAACGAAUGCGGUCUUGGCUAACACGACUACGCCAGACAUGCCUACACCCCGAGGUCAGUGGCAGUAACCGACGUGCUUUAGGUGGAAGUGGGCCACUGCGCACCGUUGAUGAGGUCCUCGAGGUCAUGAUUGAGAAUAACGACACAUCGAUCCGUACCGAAGAGCGAACUCUCCUUCUAUCGCAGCUCCGUCGCGGGCAGUUUCUGGAGAAUGCAAAACGCCGGAAGGAGGCUUUAUCCCUUUGGCAGGCAGCUUUAGAUCAUUCUACCCAGCUGGUUCAAGAUAGCAGAGCACAGCUACGAUUGCAGAAAGAAAUUUUGAAAAGAGCCCUGAAAGAUGAUACGAAGGAUCAAUCAGAUGUAAGCGACGAUGAAAACGAAGAAGCCGACAAGAAUAGUCGCAUUGGCCAAUGUCGGCUGAGAUUGCGCGCUGCUCUCGAGGUUCAGCACAUUGCUGUCUUUUUCACUGCAAAUGCAUACUACCAAAUCAAAAGUGACCCAAGUCUCACCCUGCCAGAGUCCGAGGACUUCAAGGUACUUGAGAAGAAAGAAGAGGCAGCCUACGAAGCUGCCAAGGUCAUCCGGAAGGAGAUGUUGACCGACAUCUCCAAAAAAGUCGAACGAUACAUGAAAAUGAUCAAGGAGAAAAUGCAAAAAAAGCAGUUUGUCCAAAUUCCGAAGAUGAAACCCCACCUGUAUAGUAGAGGGCUUGAAUCAUAUCGACUACUCAACAAUUUUGAAGACUUGUGCAAUGCUUUGAACAGACAUGCUGAGCAAUAUAUUGAGUGGCGCGAGGUGAUGACCAAACUUGUUUCUCAGUCGCUCAUUGACCAAGAAGAGGAUGCGGAGCUUGAGGGCAAUGAGUACGAGCGGUCAACCAAACAUCAAGACGAGAUGUAUGUCUAUAUGGAGGCUCUGCGAACGUUGUAUGCAGACCGCCAUGAUGCCCUCACCGGCCAAAAGAACAUUCUCAUCUCUCACGAGGUCAAGGCCGGCAUAAUACAAGCGCAAAAAGAUGAAGGGCCUUCUCCAAAACUAUUUCUUUCCAUCAUGAAUAUCCGCAGUGAACUCAUGCCCGACUCCCAGUGGGGAUCACUUCGUGGCAUUGUCGGUGAACUCCGCAGUCUGGCGACUUCGCUCGAUUGGCAGGCGAAUGGGGGAAGCGCGCGGGCCCGAGCUGAACUUGAGCUGGUUAUCGAGGUUUUGAAAAAUGCCGGACAGAUGAUUGCCGAGCAACUCAAAGUGUCAGCCAGCUUGGAAAGGGAGGUCGAAAUGUUCCGUGAUACAAUGAACAACAGGCUGGAGUAUUACCGCCACUUGCAGCAGAUCUCGGAUACGGUUGCACCUUAUGACGAGGAAAAUGCUGGAAAGCCUAUGAAUGAAGAACUCUUUGCUUCCAAGCUAAGGCAGGAAGAGCUGCUCGAAAGCAAAAUCUCUUCUAUGAAGUCCAAGAGACGAUAUCUUAUUCAUCUUCGAGAUGAGACCAGCUCAGAACACCCCAGCAGGAUUUGCAUCAUCUGUCAAUCGAGCUUCGAAGAUGGCGUCUUAACCGUUUGUGGUCACAAAUACUGUACUGACUGUCUGCGAUUGUGGUGGCGUCAACAUCGAACCUGCCCGAUGUGCAAGAAGCACCUAAAAUACAACGACUUUCAUCAGAUUACCUACAAGCCACAGGAACUUAUUGCCCAAGAGGAAGAGUCAGCUAUCAAAUUUGAUCAGGGCCGCCACUCGCAGAAUGCGAUAUAUAGUGACAUCAGUUCUGGUGUUUUGAAUCAGAUAAAAAAUAUCGACCUAGAUGGUUCCUUUGGCACCAAGAUCGAUACUCUUGCACGUCAUAUAAUAUGGCUACGAGAACAUGAUCCUGGAGCCAAAUCAAUCAUCUUUUCUCAGUACAAAAAUUUCUUGCUAGUUUUGCAAGGAGCUUUCCUUCGCUUCAAAAUCGUCAGCAGCAGCAUUGAUCAUCCGAGUGGUAUCGAAAACUUCAAGAAGGAUCCUGCGGUGGAAUGCUUUUUAUUGCAUGGGAAAGCACAGUCGUCAGGGCUGACAUUGAUCAAUGCCACCCACGUGUUUUUAUGUGAACCACUAAUCAACACUGCGAUUGAACUCCAAGCCAUUGCUCGAGUUCAUCGAAUUGGCCAGCAUCGGCCCACUACCGUUUGGAUGUAUCUCGUUUCCGGUACGGUGGAAGAGUCUAUAUAUGAGCUUUCUGUUGCUCGUCGACUUGCCCAUAUCAUUGAAAAGGAGAAAAAAGAGAAGAAGGCUCAAUCCACAAUUUCUGGUUAUUUUGAUGAAUCAUUAAUUAAUGAUGUCACGGAAACCGCCAUUGACUCUGCCAACUCCUUGGAAAUACAAGAUGCAGGCUUAACAAACUUGAUGACAAGUGGUGCAUCGGGUGGAGAAAUGGUCAAAAAGGAUGAUCUAUGGCAGUGUCUCUUUGGAAACUCUAUCCAGAAGGAGGGUGAAAACAAACGUUCGACUGAGACCGAGAGAGAAGUUAGCAGGUUCUUGCGAGGCGAAGCCGCCGAUCAGCGAAGAGAAGUUGGCUAA